CGUUGCCACGAGUGAACUCGGCAUUUUCAGAUGUUUCUCGUGUUUUUUGUUUUCAUCUACUUGGUCCGUCUCCGGGUCGUGUCCUUUCUUAUCAGACGGUGAUAGCAUGAAGCGAAACUUGUUUACGAUCAGAGACGGCUCCUUGUGCGGUUAAUGGCACAGGGAACGGACGAGGCUCUGGGGCGUUCGCAAAAGUAGAAUGCAACGCGAAUUCGUAAUACUAUCGACGCGUUUGAAAGAUAUUUCUCAACCGGAUCAUAACCUUUUAGGUUUUGGCCAUUGUUUGACGACCACUGGACUCCGUUAGAUGUCCGCAUGUCCGAUUCCCAUACAGAUAAUCGUAGACGUAAAGAGAUAUCAUCGAAAGUUCCUGUUCCUAUAUGUUUCGUUCGUGUUAAUGUUACGAUUGUAAUUGUGGCCGUGCGGCUUUACGGUUUAUUGUGUUGGGUGUUCUCGUUUGUUGUUGAUGGCGAGUGCAAUGUGGUUAUUUUCAGCGAAACGCCGGAGGAUGAUGACUAGCCGGACCAGACGGAGCAAUCACCUGCGUCCAUGACGACUUCAAAUAUUGAGAGUGGAAUACAACGAAAGACGCUAGCGAUUAUCGAUAGACCGGCACAAAAAACAGCAUCCAAAUUCUCGAUAUACAGAACGCGAGCGACAGACAGCAUACGGCUGAUUGCGAGUGGAGACAGAAAAGGGCUGCUACCUAGACCAUACCUUGAAUAGGUGAGUAAGCAGGCUCGUUAGGCUUACGAGCUUCUGCAGACCAUCGAUCGUGACCAGACAAACUUCGGAACACACGACAUAUGGAUGCGUACGUUUGAGAGUCUUCGGUGCCUAAAAGAACCGUUCAACAGGAGUGGCAGUAGCAACAGCAACAAAAUCAUAGGUUUCUAUCCAAACGACCCGUUUGGCUGGUUCUGCCUACUGGAACAAGUAUAUCAGAUAAAUAGUAUCGCACAGAUUGUACUGAAAUGCCGAAACCAAGCAAAAAGGAUCUGUCCGAUUCGGACUCGGGUCCCGAAGAUAGGAACCCCGUCCCAACGAAAAAAAGGAAGUCUGACGCCGAAGACACCUUUGAACUGAGCAAGAUGCGACAAGUUUCCGUCAGUGAUUUUAAAGGCAAACUGUUCGUAAACAUUCGUGAAUACUACGAAGACAGCAAUGGAGAAACGCGUCCGGGCAAAAAAGGCAUCGCCCUGUCCAUCGACCAAUGGGAGAAACUCAAGGAGCACAUGGUUGACAUCGAUAAAGCUAUUAAGGCCAAGUCCUAAACAACUUGAAGGUGCACAAUUUGUUUCUUCAAAGAUGAGAAACGUUCCGGACAAGCGGUCCCUAAAUAUUCUUAUUUUGCAUCUCUAUGACUCUGCUAUGACGAGAACUACCAUCAUUGUUAUUGGGUUAACGCCCUUGUGCCCUUACGUUGACGGCCUUUGAGCCUUACUUGGACCUGCGAUAUUACACUCUUUCAGUUCAAAAGGAAGAGCUACCUAUAACUCCUAGAUUUAAUGGGGUUUCGGCAGGUACUUGAUUUUAACGUCAGUGGUAGCAGUCGGACAUCCAGCGCAGAUACAAAGCCGGUGGUUGAUUGUUCAUAUAGUAUUUCUGCAAAAUAAAGAACAAGAAUAUUAACAUGGACCGUUGUUCAGGAUAAAGAACCAUACAAAAACUUCAGAUUGUUUUAUAUUUAUUUUCGAUUAAUAUUCCUGUUAACUUGAACUCUAAUUAAUGAUAGAAUCGUUGUUGUUUCGUGUACGGCAAUGAUCGGAAAAGUUUUUAGGCAUUUUGGCGAAAAUAUCGUGUUUGUACACAUCAUUGAAAUGUACAUAAAGCAAUAAAGAGAAAAAUUAUAUUAUUAAGUGAA